AGGUUCGGUAGUCCAAAGACGCUGGCUUGUGACAGGGCGGGGAGAAGGAAGGCCUGCGUAAAGGUUGCCUCUCCAAUCCUUCGUUCCCGGGCACCCUAGGAAAAAACCAACACCUCGGUCUGCGGCUAGCCCCUUCCACCAGGCUCUCCUCCGCUCAAUUUCGCCUCCGUUAUGUGGGAAGCAAAUCCGGUAAGGGACAAACUGUGAUACAUCCAUAUAAUGGAAUACUGAUCAGCAAAGCAAUACAAAGGAAUUAAGUCUUGAUAUACACAAUACAUGAAUCUCAGAAUAAUCAUGCUGACUGAAAGAAGUCAGACAAAGGGAGAUGUUUCACAAAGCAGAAGAAUUCCUAUCUAAAACCACAGACAGUGAGGUGGAUGAGAUGGACACAUCAGACACCCAAUGGGGCUGGUUUUACUUGGCAGAGUGUGGAAAAUGGCACAUGUUUCAGCCGGAUACCAACAUUCAGUGUUCAGUUAGCAGUGAAGAUAUCGAAAAAAGCUUCAAAACAAAUCCUUGUGGGUCCAUUUCUUUUACUACUUCCAAAUUCAGCUACAAGAUAGACUUUGCAGAAAUGAAGCAAAUGAACCUCACCACUGGGAAACAGCGCUUAAUAAAAAGAGCCCCCUUUUCUAUCAGUGCUUUCAGUUAUAUCUGUGAAAAUGAGGCUAUCCCCAUGCCACCACACUGGGAGAACGUGAAUACUGACGUACCCUAUCAGCUUAUUCCUUUGCACAAUCAAACACACGAAUAUAAUGAAGUUGCUAGCCUCUUUGGGAAAACAAUGGAUCGCAACAGAAUUAAAAGAAUUCAGAGAAUUCAAAACCUAGACUUGUGGGAGUUCUUUUGCAGGAAAAAGGCUCAGCUCAAGAAAAAAAGUGGUGUGCCUCAGAUUAAUGAACAAAUGCUAUUUCACGGUACCAGCAGUGAAUUUGUGGAAGCAAUUUGCAUUCAUAACUUUGAUUGGAGAAUAAAUGGUAUACAUGGCGCUCUCUUUGGUAAAGGAACCUAUUUUGCUAGAGAUGCUGCUUACUCCAGUCGCUUCUGCAAAGAUGACAUAAAACAUGGAAACACAUUCCAAAUUCAUGGUGUAAGCUUGCAACAGCGGCAUCUAUUUAGAACAUAUAAAUCUAUGUUUCUUGCUCGAGUGCUAAUUGGAGACUAUAUAAAUGGAGACUCCAAAUACAUGCGACCUCCCUCCAAAGACGGUAGCUAUGUGAAUUUAUAUGACAGCUGUGUGGAUGACACCUGGAAUCCAAAGAUCUUUGUGGUGUUUGAUGCCAACCAGAUCUAUCCUGAGUACUUAAUAGACUUCCAUUGAUUUGACUUCCAAAUCUCAGUGGUCAAAGAAGUUUAUUCUUUUUUGCAGGAAGAUUUGCUCUCCUGUCAUCUAGCCACUAAAUGUUAAUUAUCUGACACUUUUGAAACCCAUAUGAAAAAAAAAAAGUGGCCUCCAUAUAAAGACAUACUGACUUUAA